GGGUUAUAAUAGUUCCCUAAAAAGUGAAGACAAAAAAUGGUUACAAAUUCAUAUAUCCCCUUUGUAAAAGGUUUACAAAAAUAAAAAUUAAUCCCAACAUAAUUUGAUCUUCAAUUGCCAAUUUUAAUUCAACAUGGGUCGUUGUUUCCUUCAAUGUCUAACCAAAUUGUACAAGGGUGCUGCUUUUAUGAACAUGCAGAUUAACUGUUUGCUGUUCCUGUAAGGGUUCUUGCAUACGUAUUUGUAACAAAAGUUUUGGUCUUUUUGCAGUUGACACGGUGCUUGAGACAUGAACAAUAUGGCUCAAGUGAAUGCUCCAACGCUACAGUUUAAGAAUUCUGCUCUCUUUGGAAUUCGUCCAAAAUCGUGUGUUUGUUUUGAGACACAAAGUAGAAGUAUAACUAAGAAACCUUUAGUGGUUGAAGCCAGAGCAAAUACUAGAACAGAAAGUGCAAAAAUUCGGAACAGAAGGAUGCAGAAAAAGUAUGAUGGAACAGCUACACAUCCAAGACUUUCGGUAUUUUGCUCAGAUAAGCAAUUAUAUGCAAUGCUAGUAGAUGACAAAAAUAAAAAGUGUUUGUUCUACGGAAGCACACUGCAUAAAUUGUUCCGACUAGAUCCUCCUUGUAGCACUCUUGAAGCUGCUCAACGUGUUGGGGAGGCACUUGUUAAAGCUUGUGUUGAUCUCAAGAUAAAUGAAAUAUCAUCCUAUGAUCGCAAUGGCCUUCGUCGUGGAGAAAGGCUACAAGCCUUUGAGAUUGCCAUUUCAAGUUAUGGAUUCUUGCCAAGAUAGUUCUGUAGCUGAUAUUGCUGCU